AUGAAACCACCAAAAACAACCGAGAAAGAGAAGGCCUUACCGGAAGAAGAACGUUUUUAUUAUUUGCGUUUAAUGGCCAAACCUGGAAACAAAAAAGAGCCAAUAAAGACGAAAUUCGUUCGAUGGGCUCCACCUGUUCCAGCAGAAAGCAGUCUUGAAAAUGAUCUCGAGAGUCAAGCAAUGCGUGUCGUGCGAACAAUUGGUCAAGCAUUUGAAGUUUGUCAUAAAGUGGCUCAAGAACAAUUGCAAGACAAAAUCCAUGAAGAAAACGAAAGCAAUAAUAAUUUGAGGAGCAAAGGUUAG